CAUCUGGCUCUCCAUCCAAUUGAAGGUAAAGCGACAAAUUUCACAGUCAAUAAAUCUUCAGCGCCCACCCAAUCCCUCCCCUACAAGUACUUUGGUAACUCUCGCUCUCGUUCUCGCUCCCAUCCCUCUGAAAUAGUGGUGGUGAAAAGCUGAAUUGUGAAAUGGAUUCGAGCAGCGAUGAAGUAGCUUUCUAUCGUCCAAAUUUUGUUCGGAUCUACAAGGACGGUCGUGUCGAAAGGCUUGCAGGAACUGAAAUCGUCCCCCCCACUGCUGUCGAUCCCCAAACCGGUAUUUCCUCCAAAGACGUCCUCAUCGAACCUGAAACCGGCGUUUCCGCCCGGCUUUUCCUCCCCAAAAUAAUCACCAAUUCUUCCCCUCAAAAGCUUCCCCUCUUGGUCUACUACCAUGGCGGCGGCUUCUGCAUCGAGACCCCUUUCUCCCCUGUUUACAACCGUUAUGUAUCAUCUCUAGUCGCGGAGGCUAACGUGGUUGCAGUAUCUGUACACUACAGGAGAGCCCCAGAGGACCCUCUUCCCAUCGCCUAUGACGAUUCAUGGAAGGUGCUUCAAUGGGUCAUUUCUCAUUCCAAAGGGAACGGCCCUGAAGCAUGGUUGAACGAGCACGCAGAUCUGAGCAGAGUGACUAUGAUCGGAGACAGCGCAGGUGCUAAUAUUGCCCAUAACAUGGCUUUACGAGCUGCAGAGACACCAUUGGAGGAAGGGGUAAGGCUUGUUGGGUUGUGUUUGGUCCAUCCUUAUUUCCAUGGAGAAAAUCAGCAAUUGGCUUCAGAGGCGACUAAUGAGGAGAAGAAGGGUAAAGCGGAUAAGCUGUGGAUGUUGCUGUGCCCUUCGAGCACUGGUUGCGAUGAUCCGUUGAUGAAUCCAGCGACUUGUGUCAACUUGGAGAAGCUGGUGUCUAAGAGGGUAUUGGUGUGUGUUGCGGAGAAGGAUUUUUUGAAAGAGAGGGGUCUGUUUUACCAUAAGACGUUGGGGAAGAGUGGGUGGGGAGGGGAAUUGGAAUUGAUGGAGGUUGAAGGGGAGGAUCAUGUGUUCCACCUCUUCAAUCCCACCUCCGAGAAAGCUGUAGCCAUGAUGUCCUGCUUAGCUUCCUUCCUCAACCGGGACUGAACUCCCUAGCUAUUAGCUCAGUAAGUCCCUCAAUAAUUCCUGCAUCAUGAGUGAUUACUCUCUCUCUCUCUCUCUCUCUCUGCUUUCAUCUUCAAUCAUGUAGACCAUGAAAAGGAUUAAUUAAGCUCUAUCUUAAAUUUUAGAGGUUUUGUACGGGACUUUUAGGGUGAGGGCAUAUUUUGGCUGAUUCUAAUCGGUUCCUGGGCGAUCAUUGAUUCCAAAUCUCAUCCGGCUAAGACCAAUCUAGAUCCCAAUUUUGUUCUUGUAAACCCUAUAAGAGGUGGAGACAUCUAUACAUAAAGGUAAAUCGUUUAGAGAA